AUGUAUAACCGAUUGCUACCAGGAAGAAGGGGGUACACUGAUGAGUUCUUAAUGGGUGUUGAGGAAUUUGUAAAUUAUGCAAGUAAGCUUCCUGUAUACGAGGCUUCAAUGCAGAUUAGGUUUCCAUGUAGUAAGUGUAAGAAUAGAGUACACUUAUCUGCAGAUGAUGUUCGUGUUCAUUUAUAUAAAAAGGGUUUUGAACCGAAUUACUGGGUUUGGACUUGUCAUGGUGAGCUUGUCCCUGCAAUACAACAACUUGUGAACGAGGGCCCUAGUGAAAACAAUCAGUAUGAACAAAUGGUUUUUGAUGUAUGUGGUCCAUCAACCUUUCCAUUAAAUGCCGAAAAUAACCAAGAAGAAGAGCCACACAGUAGUGCAAGAAACUUCUAUGAUUUGUUAAAUGCUGCGAGACAACCUUUAUUAAUGAAUGUUGGUGAAGAAACAGAGUUGGCAUAUACAUUGAUGAUGAUGAAUAUCAAGACAACUUAUAAUAUUCCGCAGGUAGCAAUGGAUCAGAUAUUUCACUAUAAUAACCGUAUGAUGGGUCCCGAUAAUCGAGUACCUACUAGGUAUUAUGAUGCAAAAAAAUUACUUACAAAACUUGGUCUUGGGCGUGAGAAGAUUGAUUGUUGUGUAAACAGUUGUAUGUUGUACUAUAAGUCUGAAAUCAAUGACAAGCACUGUAAGUUUUGUGGUGAGCCAAGAUUUAAACCACGUCAACCUGGAUCUACUCAUGCAAAAGAGGUGCCACGCAAAAGAAUGCAUUACCUUCCCCUCAUCCCUAGAUUGCAACGGUUGUAUGCAUCACAUACAUCUGCCUCACACAUGCGGUGGCAUUAUGAAAAUCGCCGCGAGCCUGGUAUUAUGUGUCAUCCUUCAGAUGGUGAAGCAUGGAAGCACUUUGGUAGAAAGUUCCCCGAUUUCGCAGCAGAUCCUCGAAAUGUGAGAUUAGGCUUAUGUUCUGAUGGAUUUUCGCCUUUUGGUUUCAAUGCAAAGCCGUAUUCUUGUUGGCCUGUUAUGGUUGUUCCAUAUAAUCUCCCACCUUCAGUGUGUAUGACUACACCAUACACAUUCUUAACCUGUAUUAUUCCUGGGAAAAAGAACCCAAAAGGCAAUAUUGAUGUCUAUUUGCAGCAUUUAAUCGAUGAACUUCAAUUGUUAUGGGAAACAGGUGUCUUGACUUAUGAUGCAUCAUUUAAGCAGAAUUUUAUGAUGCGAGCUGCGUUAAUGUGGACCAUCAAUGACUUUCCUACAUACGGUAUGUUAUCUGGAUGGCAGACAGCCGAGAAACUAGCAUGUCAUUAUUGUGUUCAUUAUUCUAAAUCAUUUUACUUGAAGAAUGGUCAUAAAACGUGUUGGUUUGAUUGUCACCGUCAAUUCCUUCCAAUGAAUCACUCAUGGAGGAAGAAUCGAGAUGCCUUCGUCAAAAGACGGGUAGAGAAAUCAAGACCUCCACCAAUUUGGAAUGGAGAUGAGUUGUUUCAUAUUUUGGAAAAUAUCCUAAGGAUCAUUGAUGGUCCAAUUGAUCGCAUUGAGGGGUUUGGGCAAUCACAUAAUUGGAAAAAAAAGAGCAUAUUUUGGGAUUUACCUUAUUGGAAGGAUAACUUGCUACGUCAUAACCUUGAUGUGAUGCAUAUAGAGAAAAAUGUGUUUGACAACAUCUUCAACACGGUUAUGGAUGUCAAAGGCACAACAAAAAACAAAGACACGCCUAGUGCACGUCUCGAUAUGAAGGACGUAUGUAAUAGAUCACAACUUGAGUUGGUAGAACAUAAUGGACGUUUUCUUAUGCCCAAGGCAAGCUACAGUUUGCAUCGUACUAAUCAAUUGGCUGUCUAUGAGUGGUUGCGGACAUUGAAGUUACCUGAUGGAUUUUCUUCUAAUUUGGCUACAUGUGUUGAUUCCACAUCUUCUAAAUUAAUUGGGAUGAAAAGUCAUGAUUGCCAUAUUUUUAUGCAGUUUCUUUUACCUGUGGCAUUCAUGUUUUUACCAAGCUGUCACUGGAAGGCUUUGACUGAGUUAAGUGUAUUUUUUCAAAAUCUUUGCUCUACAUCCCUACGUGUAGACAAAAUAUGUGAGAUGGAAAACUCGAUUGUGUUAACAUUGUGUAAGUUAGAACGUUUUUUCCCUCCAGCAUUGUUUGAUUGCAUGGAACACUUGCAUGUCCAUCUUCCCUAUGAAACACGUUUAGGUGGCCCAGUACAGUAUCGUUGGAUGUAUCCAUUUGAAAGAUUCCUCAAUCACUUGAAGUCCAAAAUGAAAAAUAAGAGAUAUGUUGAAGGUUCAAUUGCUGAUGCAUAUAUGCUUGAAGAGUCAACACACUUUGCAUCAUUUUAUUUUGAUGAUGAUGUGCAUAGUAGAAGAACAAGGAUAGGUCGGAACCUAAAUGAUGGCGGUAUUGAUCCUAACUUGCCAAUUACUUUGUCAAUAUUUAAUCGGCCAGGUCGGUUGAUGGGUAGGAGGACGACAAGAUAUCUGAGUGCUGAAGAACGUUUCGCUGCUCAUCAAUAUGUGUUAUUGAAUUGUAAGGAGGUUCAACCUAUAUUAAGGUUGUAUGAAAAUGGUUUACGGCUUUACAAUCCUGGUUGUACUGAUCAAGAUGUAGAUGAUGAAAUCGAAAGGAAUUUUGCAGCUUGGUUUAAAGGAUAUGUGUAUACCCCAAUGAAUGAUGUGUGUAACCAAUCACUCAUUGAUUUGGCAUUUGGGCCGAUCAUGGAGGUUAACACAUACACUGGGUAUGUUGUUAAUGGGUUCAAGUUUCAGACUGAAGCAUAUUGCAGUAGAAAGUCGACUUCUAACUUCGGAGUAUCUAUUAAGGGAAGUGGUUUGUCACAAUUUGAAUCAAACUUUUUUGGCACGUUGCAAGAGGUUAUUGAGUUUGACCCAACACCGAAUGUUGGGUCACGAUACAAUUCUGAAUACGGUAUUGCUGAGGUGCAUUGCAAUAAACGAUAUAGGAAGUAUGAUCCUUUUAUCAUUGCACAAAGUGCAUGUCAGAUGUGUUAUAUUCCAUACCCACAAGGUAUAAGGGAAAAACUUAAUUGGUGGGUAGUGUUGAAUGUACAACCUAGAGGAGCUAUUGACAGUGCAUAUAGCUCUAGUUACACAUAUCAACAAGAUAACAUACCGUUGCCUACAGAUGGGGGUGAUCAAAGUGUCCAAGAUGAUAUGCAAGACUUACUACACGAACCCUUACAAAUGAAUGAAGUGGAAUUAACGCAAAGUAGAAAUCAGAGGUCCGAAGAAUGUGUCGAAAGUGAAGAUUUAGAAGAAGAGGGUAGUGAAGAGAUCGAAGAAGAGGACAAUGUCGAAGAUUCUGAUGGCGAAGAUUUUACAUCGUCAAAGCAUGAUGAUAAUGAGCAAUCCGAAGACGAUGAUGGUGAAUUUUAA